CCGGCGGCGCCGCGCGCUUCCCGGCGUGCCCAGCGGCGCGGCGAUCGCGGCGGACAAGAUGGAGGCGCACGGUGAGGACGGGGAGGCCCCGGAGGCCCCGUCCCCGCCUCCCGGGCCCGGCGGCGGGGUCAACGUCUUCGCCAACGACGGCAGCUUCCUGGAGCUCUUCAAGCGCAAGAUGGAGGCGGAGCGGGAACGGGAGGCGGCGGCGGCAGCGAUGGCGGAAACAGCCGGUGGCGCCGGGCCCCGCCCGCCAGACGGCUCGAAGAGGAGCGGCGGCGCCCUCAGCUUCGUGGGCAGGCGGCGAGGGGGGAACAAACUGGCCCUGAAGACAGGAGUGGUGGCCAAGAAGCAAAGGACGGACGAGGAGGUGCUGACGAGUAAAGGGGACGCGUGGGCCAAGUACAUGGCCGAGGUGAAGAAGUACAAAGCGCAUCAGUGCAGCGACGACGACAAAACACGGCCGUUGGUCAAAUAGCGCCCACUGGGCGUUAGAAAUGCUCUUUCUGCAGGGCCCGAAGCCUUUUCUAGCUCCAAACGCCCCACCCCGGCCCGGGGCCACCGGAGCUGCCCCAAUGGCAACCAGGACUUUGAUGC